ACUGUGGGCUUUGAGAAGUUCCUUGUGACACACUAAUCCCCCGGCUGACCAGACCACACCCCCAGCGGAGGCAACCUCCAGGCUCCCCGAGGAGGAGGAGGAGGAGGACACAGGCACCAGGUAGCCCUAAGGAGGAGCUGGUGACCUGACAGGGCAGACUUGACUCUUGCUGCCAUAGGGAGGAGGCUGCCUGGAGAAGCCAGGACAGAAGUGGGCCCUUCUUUUUCUGAGAACUUUGAGUCUUCCAGAAGCAGCAUGUCAGAAGGGGUGGGCACAUUCCGUGUGGUCCCUGAAGAGGAGCAGGAGCUCCGUGCUCAGCUGGAGCGGCUUACCACCAAGGACCAUGGGCCCGUGUUUGGCCCGUGCAGCCAGCUGCCCCGCCACACCUUACAGAAGGCCAAGGACGAGCUGAAUGAGAGGGAGGAGACCCGGGAGGAGGUGGUUCGCGAGCUGCGGGAGCUGGUGCAGGCGGAGGCGGCGUCGGGGCAGGAGCUGGCCCGGGCGGUGGCCGAGAGGGUGCGGGGAAGGGACAGCGCCUUCUUCAUGCGCUUCAUCCGCGCGCGGAAGUUCAACGUGGGGCGCGCCUACGAGCUGCUCCGAGAGUCCCUCUCCCUGAGCCUCCUUAUCCUUACCUGUGAAAUGGGCGAGCGAACUGAGCCGCCCCCGGGAUCGCUUUCAGCUCUGACCGCAGAGAAUGAGUGUGGCGGGACCGCGAUCUUGCAGGCAUAUUGUUUCAUCCUGGAGAAGCUACUAGAGAAUGAGGAGACUCAAAUUAAUGGCUUCUGCAUCAUUGAGAACUUCAAGGGCUUUACCAUGCAGCAGGCUGCCGGACUCCGGGCUUCCGAUCUCAGGAAGAUGGUGGACAUGCUCCAGGACUCCUUCCCAGCCCGGUUCAAAGCCGUCCACUUCAUCCACCAGCCGUGGUACUUCACCACCACCUACAACAUGGUCAAGCCCUUCUUGAAGAGCAAGCUGCUGCAAAGGGUCUUCGUCCAUGGCGAUGACCUCUCUGGCUUCUUCCAGGAGAUUGAUGAGGACAUCCUGCCCGCUGACUUCGGGGGCACCCUGCCCAAGUAUGACGGCAAGGCCGUCGCUGAGCAGCUCUUUGGCCCCCGGGCCCAAGCGGAGAACACGGCCUUCUGAGGACUUCCGUCAGGCUGUCCACCCGUAGUUAGCGACCCUGGGCUCUCCUCAGCCGUCCCGGAGCCCGGAAGGUGGGAGAAGGGCUGCCUGAGGUGGCUCCCCUGAGCCUCCCCGUGCUUGGAUGAGUUCAGCCGUCACCCUCCUCCCAAGUUGGGGGGCCAUAAUACAGGGGGGUUCCCUUGAACGAGAAGAAUUGGGAGCAGUUACAUUCCCACUGACUCGGAAGCUUAGGACAGUGUCUUGCGCUGGGUCGAGUUUCAAAGACUCUCUAACGAAGCUUCUCUACGAUGUCCUUUCCAGCAGUUUUGCCUCGGGGGUCUGAAGACAGGCAGAGAGGCUGAUUGCUAGGUCUGUCCCCGCCUACGUAAAUCAAUAAAUAAGAUAAUAGGAUAAAA